UGGUCAUUUUCUGUCAAACCGUAGGAAAGAAAAGAAACGAAGAGAGGGAGGAGAGGAAGAAAAGUUGGGGAGUGUUAAACCACAUUUUCAUUGAAAAAGAAAACAGCGAGAGCUGUCCUCCUACUACACCCUUGCAUUUUUGCACUCAACUGUUUCCUCCUCAAGAAAAGUUGUAUGGUGUUCAUCGGCCAAUAAUAGUCAUUUCUCAUUAGGGUUUUGCUUUAGAACGAGUUGGAUCAAUCCAUCCGUCAAUUGACUGACAAUUGACUGUGUGAUGUUCACUCACGAAAGAAAGGUGUGGGCGGCGGUACCCGUAACGCCGGCAAGAAACGGUAAGGGCAAGGCAGUGGCUUUUGCGGAUGACCACGUUCCUCCUCCUGUGGGGCUCUUGAGUGAGAAUGCUCAAAGGAAUUUGGGAGAUACGGAAAACAUUGACGAUUGGAGGAGAUUCAAGGAAGUUGGAUUGCUAGACGAGGCUGCAAUGGAAGGCCGCGACCGCCAAGCCCUGCUCCUAAAGAUUGCCAAGCUUGAAAAAGAGCUUUUUGAUUAUCAGUAUAAUAUGGGGCUUCUAUUGAUUGAGAAAACUGAAUGGACAUCCAAGUAUGAUGAACUUAGAGAAGAACUUGCAGAACUACAUGAAUCUCUCAAACGUGAGCAGUCUGCUCAUUUGAUUUCCAUUGCGGAAGUUGAAAAGAGAGAAGAAAAUUUGAGAAAUGCUUUGGCUUCUAAGAAGCAAUGUAUGGUUGAUCUUGAAAAGGCUCUGCGUCAAACACAAGCAGAGCGUGGACAGAUUAAGCUUGCCUCUGAAACCGAGUUGGCUGAUGCUAGAGCUUUGGUUGUUGGAUAUCAUGACAAGUCUUUGGAAGAGCAAGGAAAGUUGCAUACUGCAGAUGCCAAGCUUGCUGAGGCAAAUAGAAUGAAUUCUGAGUUGGAGAGGAAAUUGCGUGAACUUGAAAUUCGGGAAAGUGUGCUAAGAAGGGAGCAUGCCUCCUUGACUGCAGAGCAAGAAGUGCAUGAAGCUAGAUUUUCCAAGCACAAAGAGGAUUUAGGGGAGUGGGAAAGGAAGCUGCAGGAGAGGGAAGAGAAACUAUAUGAAGGGCGGAGGAAGCUCAUCGAAAGAGAAGAAAAGGUGAAUAAUUUGGAUGUGGCUCACAAGAAGAAGGAAAAGAGGCUUGAAGAAGAGCAGAAAAGGAUUGAUUCAUCUAAUAUAGCUCUAAAGAAAAGAGAUGAUGCUAUAAGCAAGAAGGUUGCGGAUAUGACUAGAAAGGAACAAAAUAUAGAGUCUUAUAGAGCUGAAUUGGAGAUGAAGGAGAAGGAAUUGAAUUUUCUGGCUGAGAAGUUGAACUCUAGAGAAAAGGGGGAGAUUCAGAAGCUUCUUGAUGAGCAUAGAGCUGCUUUUGAUGCCGAACAGCAGGAAGUUAAGUUGAAUCUGAAUAGGAGACAUUUGUUUGACGAAGAGGUGAGAGCGAAGUUUGAUGGUUUGAAAGAGAGGGAACUGGAACUUAACCACUUACAAGGAAAACUCAGAAAAAGGGAGCAAUUUCUGGAAAAUGAGUUAGAAAAGUUUAAAGAGAGAGAAAAAGACAUUGAGUGGAAGUUGAAAGAAGUAAAAGAGAAAGAAAAGUUUCUCAAAGCUGAGGAGAAAAGGCUGGAGGGUGUGAAAAAGGAAACACUUUCUGAUAAACAAAGUGAGCUAAAUCUCAAAGAUGAGCUGUAUCAGAUGAAAGCUGAAAUAAGUCAGAAGGAAAUCAAUAUUUCUGAAGCAACUGAAAAACUUAAAGUUAGUGAAGCGGAAAGGGCUGAGCAUCUUCAGUUGCAGAUGGAGUUGAAAAGGGAGAUUCAGAAGUACAAACAUCAGCAGGAUUUGAUUUUGAAGAAGGGUGAAGAUCUGAAAGAAGACAGAAUGAAGUUCGAAAAGCAGUGGGAAGCGCUGGAUGAGAAGAGAGCUGUUGUAACUAAAGAGUUGCUACAUCUCCAAGAAGAGAAAACGAUGCUUGAUGACUUGCGACACACUGAAGACGAACAAUUAAGGAAAAAUAAGCUUGCCACUGAGGAUUAUGUCAGGCGAGAGCGAGAAGCUCUUAAAUUGGAGAAAGAAUCAUUUGCUGCAACAAUGAAGUACGAACAAGUAUUAUUAUCUGAGAAAGCUGAAAAUGAACAUAACAUAUUGCUUCGUGAUUUUGAGGCUCGGAGAAGAGAUCUUGAGACUGAUCUGCAGAAUAAACAGGAAGAAAUGCACAAAAAAUUUGAACGGAAGGAAAAAUCACUUCUUGACCAGAGAGAGAAAGCACUCACUGAAAUUAGUUCUUUGAAAGAAGUUACUCAGAAGGAAAUGGACGAAGUAAGAGCUGAAAGGAUUAGGUUAGAGAAUGAAAAACAAGAAAUGUCAUUGAAUAAGAAGCAGUUGGAAAAUCACCAAUUUGAACUGCGCAAGGACAUAGAUGCUCUUGGUGUUCUUAACAAGAAGCUCAAGGAGCAGCGCCGGCAGUUUGUGAAGGAGAGAAACCAUUUUCUUGCAUAUGUUGAAAAGAUCAAGGAUUGUGAAAAUUGUGGGAAAAUUGCUAGAGAGUAUGCCACUUGUAACUUUCCAUUGGGCGAAAUAGGUGAUAAUGAAGAGUCUCCUCUUUCUCUGCGGGGAGACAAACUUGGUGACAAAGUUGCUUCUUUUGGAGAAAAUUUUGAGAGAUCUCCUGCUGAGGUUGAACAAAAAGAUUCUGAUUCUAGGAUUUCCUGGUUCCACAAAUGCACCACAAAGAUUUUUAGCUUGUCCCCGAACAGAAAAAAUCUGGUAAUGGAUUCAUCUUUGAAACCAUGUGAGCCGUGCAAGAUAUUUGGUACAGACAUAAGAGACCAAGAUAUAGCUGAAGGCCCAAGUGUGAAGCAUCUACCACCUGACAACAGUGUCAGAGGGGUGAGGCAUACAACUGUUGAUUAUCAAAGUGACAUGGAUAGUAGAAUACAAGAGGUUCCAGAGGAAUCCGAGCAAUCUGAGCUGACAAGUGGUCAGUGUAGACCUAGAAAAAGAUCUGGAAAGGGAAUUCGUCGAACACGCACUGUGAAGGCAGUGAUUGAAGAAGCUGCUGCUUUCCUUGGAAACAAUGCUGAACUACUACCAAAUGACGAACAUCCCGAAGAUAUCAGUGAGAGUAGGGGUGACUCUGCCAUUGCUGGAAAGGCAGCAGCCACUACCGUCCCAAGGAAGCGGACUCGCGGACAAACUUCUCAAACUACAGCGACUGGAAUUGAUGCUAAUGAUAGUGAGGGUCAUUCUGAAAGUGUUGCAACAGGUGGACGGAGGAAGAGGCAUCAACCAUCCACUUCAGCUGUGCAAAAUCAUGGGGAGAGGCGUUAUAAUCUCAGACGACACAAGACCAUAGAAACGAAGACAGGCGAUCAAUCUGCAGGUGGUGAGAAGAGUAUUGAUGUGGAAAUGGGUUAUGAGGAUCGUCCUUUGCAAGCGGCAGGACAACAUGAAAGUGCUUCCUUUCAAGCAGUGGAAAUAGGGAACGAGAAUGGUAGCCAAACUUCCUUGGUGCAUGUUACAUCAUAUAGGAUCACCAAAAAUCAAAAUGUGGCUGUAGAUAGGGUUGUCAGGUUUAAGGCACUGCAGGAUGACAUAGAUGUAAAUGGUGAUGCAGCAAAGUUUGUGGAGAAGAGGGAUCUAAAAGAAGAGGUAGAUUAUACUCCCGAACACUGCGGCGAAGAUGAACAUAAUGAACACAUUCUCGAGGAUGACGAGUAUGAUGAGAAUAAUAGUGAUGAGGACGAUGGGAGUAAUGAAUCUGAGCACCCAGGUGAAGCGUCCAUUAGUAGAAAGGUGUGGCAAUUUUUUACAUCAUGAUUGUUGUAUCUUGAGCCUGUUGACAUCGCACUUUUUCAAUUUCGGGUGUAUCAUGUACGAGAAAUUCAAAAUUAGUAAACCUGAUAAGUUAGUAGUGUUAGGAUUGGCUGUUAUUGCCAACCUAUUAGAUUUUGUUAGUAGCAGUGGUUGAUGCUUUUCAGGGAUUGCUAUAUUCUUAAAACUGCAGUUUUCACAUAUCUAUUAACGGGGUCAAUUUCCUUUUUU